AUGGACGGGUGUAAACACUAUAAAUCCAGGUGCAAAGUUAUUGCUCCAUGUUGUAAUAAUGAAUAUUGGUGUAGACACUGUCAUAAUGAGAGCCAAGAAGAUCAUCAUGAAAUUGACAGAUUUAGUAUUAAAGAGGUCGUUUGUGGGAAAUGCAACAGGCGUCAGCCAGUAAGUAACUCCUGUAUUAAUAGUAUGGAUUUUGGAGAAAAUUCCGGCGAAAAAUGUGAUGUAACUCAAUUUGCAAAAUAUUUUUGCAGUAAGUGUAACCUUUGGGAUGACAAUGGAAUAGAAAAAAAUGUAUUCCACUGUGACGAAUGUGGAAUUUGUAGAGUGGGCGGUCAGGAAUCUUACUUUCACUGUAAAGUUUGUUGCAUGUGUUAUCCAUUGAGCAUUAAAGAGACCCACAAGUGUAUUGAAAAUUCGUGUAGGCGUCCAUGCCCAUUAUGUUUAGAGGAUCUAUUUUUUUCAAUCAAAACUGUUUCGAUUUUAAAUUGUGGCCAUACAAUACACGAGGAUUGUUUAAUUCUUCUUGGAGAAGCAAAGGGACUCACCUGUUUGCGUUGCCCAAUUUGUAGUAGGUCUUUAGGAGAUAAUUCUCAGAUUUGGAAUGAAAUUGAUAAAAUGAUUGCCGACUCCCCAAUAUCUGAUUCAUCCAAGGAGUUGGUAAAUAUAUUCUGUAAUGACUGUAAUAUCAAAUGCAAUACCUACUCACACCCCUAUGGGCUUAAAUGCCAAACUUGCGGUGGAUAUAAUACAAGAUUUGAUGACUAA